UCGCACGACGAGAAACUACGCCAACUGUUGUACGACGACGCGACCGUUUCGCUGCGAUCUUGCGCGCAAUUGUUCGAGUCCUGUCCGAGCCCGGAAGAAACGCUCAGGCGAAUGUUGGCCAAGGAACUGCUGUGUCGCAUGUACAUGACCGAUCGACGCUCGGUCAACUAUACCGCGUUGCUGCUGGCGUUCUGCAAGGACGAGAAGCCGCGGGAUGGAUUCGCGAAAGCGCUGGCGUUGGCCCUGGGCAGUCGUGUCUGCGCGGAUACGGAAGAGGGCGAAAGAUACGUAAAGGAACUUGUGGAGCGGAAGCGGUUAGCUCGGCAGCCGCCUCACGAGGCUCUCGAGGUGGCAAAGAUGAUUCUGAAGCGUCUGAUGCGUCAGAUUCAGAGGAGAAUCGAUGGAGAUUCGGAAGAUCAAGAAUCAUCUUUGGAAGAUACGAACACGUUCAAACUUUUCGGCGAGUCGGUCCCCGAUGGCGUUGCCGAAGCGGAAUCGUUCGGCGAAUACGCGUGGAUGGAGAGUGCGCCAGAAUCCGUCGCGGAGGAAUUGGUCAUUUACUGGCUCCCUCUCAACACCUGCAUUACGGUGCUGGCCGCGGCAGUGCCAUGGCGCGUGUUGAACUCGGAGAAAAUCAUCGGGAAAUGCAAAACUCUCGCCGAGAGACUAGCCUCGGUGUACGAAGAAUUGCGAGAUGUGGAUCUCAACGACGAGAAAGAUGUUGUUUUGGCGCAUCGGCUUCUGAAUCACGAAUUCAUGGCGCAGUUGUUGAACACGGUCGGCAAAUUUACGGUCAAGAGCCUGGCAAGUAUAGUUGGCGAAAUCUUGCUGGAGAGACGGGACGCGUAAAAUCUCGUA